UGGGGAAACAAAUCAUGUGUUUGAUGGGGCAGUUUGUUGACAUUGAAACCUCCAAAUCUAACAUCAACACUGCACAUUACACCUUCAACGUCGACCGUCUGCAGAGCGCAAUCUCCAUACCCAAGAGAUCGCAAAAGAAGUACCACCAUGUCAAUGCUCGCAAUCCACCUCGAGCAGAUAGCUCUCUGCUGCGAGGGCAUCGACUCGCUCCCCUUCCCACCGCCCAAAAUCUUCACAAAUGCGAUGCUCUACAACACCGACAUCACCUCCCUAAUCCGAGACACCGAAGCCCACGAACGCGCCCUCUUCUCCGUACCCCCGCCUCCACCACCGCCAGCAACAUCAUCAUCCUCCCAAAACCAAGAAGCAAAACCCACCACCUCCCGCCGCCAAACCGUCUUCAACGUCGCAUCGGGUGAAGUCACCACCGGCCCCCCACCAGGAACCUCACGCGCAGCAGGCGGCGGAGGCAUAGGCGGACCCCGCCGCCACACUGCCGUCUCCGCCGUCCUCGGAGGUGAUCUCCACGCCCAGCUGCGCCGCGGCGAGCGCCAGGCCGCCAGUAAAGGAGGCGACGUCGACGUCGAGGUACUCUUGCAGGGCGCGACGAAGCUGUGCGGCGUGUACGCUCUUCCCGGCGCGCUCGAGCGGAUUCCGCAGCUGAGGUCGCGGUAUGCGCACCAGACGAAUACGCUGGCUUACUACGAGGCGAAGGUUGCUGAGAACCAGGCCGCGGUGGAGAGGAUGAAUAAGGAUCACUGGAUGGGGGAGGGCGACGACGAGCAGUUUGAUGACGACGAGGACGAAGAGGAAGAGGCGGGCGACGAUGUCAUGACGGAAGAGGAUCUACGGGCCGAGGAAGAGUUUGUGAGGGAGCUUGAUAAGAAGAAGCGGGAGCUGCAGCAGCGGUUGCGGGCGAUGGAAAAGGAUUUGGGAGCAUUGCUGAACAUGUGAUGUUGGUUGGAAAAAAAGGAAUGAGGAUAUUAAACGAGGGCGCUUCUACUACCAUGGUUGUUUUGCGACAUGAUACCCCA